AACCUUAAUGUCAAGAAAAAUAAGGUAACAAGGAACUUGCAGAAGCACCUAUAAAUGGUAGUAAAGUACGAAUCAUUUAAAAAAAACCACACACCUGGGUUUCGCUGUGAGUUGCUGCCAGCACUGUGACGUGGGUGUGGCUUUGACUGAAGAGGCUUUCAUUUGGGGAAGUGUGGCGGCAGAAACUAAAAUCCUCACUGAAGCAGCACAUCUGCUCUGCCCUCUACAACCCAAACAUGACCAACGACGCCAAAGAAGCCGAAAAUGGAACAACCAGAUACAAUAACGAGGAGCUCCGGAUUGUGAUGGUAGGAAAGACCGGAGCUGGGAAGAGCGCCACAGGAAACACCAUCCUGGGAAAACAGAUCUUUAGAUCAAUGUUCUCCCCUAAAUCUUUGACUGAAGUCUGCACUAAGGCCUUUGGUGAAGUGAAUGGACAAAAAGUUUCUGUUAUUGAUACACCAGGUCUGUUUGACACCAGGACUGAUGGAGAGAAAACCAUGAAAGACAUUGUCCGGAGCAUGUCUUAUGCGUCUCCUGGACCCCAUGUCUUCCUGGUUGUAGUCAGACUGGGCAGAUUCACAGAAGAAGAAAAGAAAGCAGUGCUGAAAAUUCAGAAGAUCUUCGGUGAGGAAGCAGAUAAAUACAGCAUGGUGCUCUUCACCCACGGUGACCUGCUCAGAGGGAAACCCAUCGAGGAGUUC